AUAAGGCCCUACGGUAAUCUUCCUCGUGGGGGCACAGAGAGAGAGCGCGCGUGUUUGUUGGCUGGGAGCCUGUAGUGAAGAGACGCAAGUAAGGAAAUGGCAGCGCUUAUCGCUGAGGAGCAGCUGCAGGCCGACCGACUGUCUCCAGAGGCGGGACGGGGUGAGCAACUUCAGCAGCUGGGGAACGAGGAAGGGGCUGUCGCCUUGGUGGAAGCUGGACCUGGGAAGCUGCAAAUAGCUGCUUUGGGUAAGAAGCGGAAGGAGGCUCCAGCUAUCCCCAAAGGAAGGCCUAAAUCUGGGCGGGUGUGGAAAGACCCCAGCAAAAAGCGAUUUUCCCAUAUGAUCCAGGACAAGCCUUUACAUACUUCAUGGAAACAUAAGAUGAAAAUACGUCAAGAAAAGAAGCUCAUCAAAGAUUUUGCCCAGGAGUUGAGGGAACAAAAACAAAGGGAGCGUGAGGAGAAAAAACAGCGAAGGAGGGACAACUUAAAAAGACAGCUAGAAAAUGAGCGGAAAGCAGAGGUUGUGCAAGUGAUUCGAAAUCCCUUAAAACUGAAGCGGGCAAAGAAGAAACUUUUGCGGCGCGUUGAGAAGCGAGACACGCUGGCCUUGCUGCAGAACUCCCAGGCACAACCUAAAGCAGCCAAGCGAUAAGAGAGUGGAAAUCUCUUUUCUGGUACAUUAAAAGACUUCUUGGAAUGCACAUCAAAACACAGAAUCCAGUGUACCAAGCGACAUCGAUAACUUACAACUUUUUACUUGGCUUCUCUCACAACCAGCGAUCAGACCUUCCCUGCCCUCCCCCAAAAUAAUGUUACUGUAUCCCAACAAUCGUUAGCAAAUAUUUCCCUUUCUGUAGCUUUGGCAUUAAAAAGACAAACAUGGGGAGAACAGCUGGGAUAGUUCUUUGAAAAUGGGAGAAAGCCCUAAAGGAGUUACUGCAAAAUCAGCAGCUUCCAGAUGACUUGUAAUUUCCAGAACUUACAUUUGUUCUUUAACCAUGAGAAAAAAAAUAAUAAAAAACUUACUUUUAAGAAA